AUGUCUCCCUGCCUCACUCUGCUCCUCACUAUGUCUCUAGGCCUCUGCUCCGCACAGGGGACAACACACUCAAUGGCUGUCACUGCUGUGGCCUCCUCAGGCCUCAGUUCUCCAGCAGUAAGCCGUAUGGUCACCACCAAUGAAUCAGUCCCUGCUGCUCCAUCUAAGCCGGAUGGAGAGAGGGUGGGGUCGAACGGGAUCCUCCUCUCCUGGCGGAUGCCUCCACCCGCUGACCCAACCAUCCACUCAUUUGUCAUCAGAUACAAAGAGAUGUGUCCUCACCCUGAUUCCGCCUUCACUGAAAUAACCAAGAGCCUGGACAUACCAGAGACCUUACUGAACACACUGUCACCUGGAGCUACAUACAACAUCAAGGUUGCAGCAGUGAACAAAGCUGGUGUUGGACCCUUUAGUAAAUCUCUGUUUAUUAAGACUGCUGAAGCGCCCCCUGGUUUGGUGACCAAUCUUACAGCGUUUGCUCAGAAUCACUCGUCAGUGCUGGUCACAUGGUUCCUGCCGGUGCGCAUUAACGGACUCAUUACGAAAUUUGCUGUGAAGGCCAAACAUGCACGAACUGGUCAGACAGUGAGAACCCUGGAAGUCAAUGCUGAGGACAUCAUGAAUGGAGCUCUACCUCACUGUAACGAUGCUGCAGACAUCCUAUCUCGAGGAACACCCAGUCCGUCUGAGUCAUCUCUACCGACGUCUUCAGCGUUACCCCCAGUUACGCUGUCAGCCAUUCCCCCUGCCUCCACCUGGACUGUACCAAUCAGUGUGGGAAUGGACAGGCUCCGCCCCUACACCGCCUACGUGUUUGAGGUGUCAGCUUUUACUAGUGAUGGAGAAGGACAGAUUGCCAGCACCAUGGUCCGCAUGCCAGAGGCUGCGCCUGAGGAUCCUCCUCAGAAUCUGACUGUGUGGAACAUCACGUCCAAAUCUGUCUCACUGUCCUGGGAACCACCCAGCAUCAUCACAGGCCGCUUCACAUAUGUUAUACAGCUCUACGGUCCCACAGGGUUGAUCUCUGAGAACAGUACGAGCGAACAGCGGUUUGUGUACACUGGGCUGACCCCUUACACACACUACACACUUACUGUGAUGGCAAAGUCAGCUGGGGCUACUGGACCAGUGGCAGAAACCAGCAUCUUAACACCAGCUGAAGCCCCUAGUGCUGUGACUGACCUGAGAGCAGUGGCUGUGGACUCUAUGUCUGUGCGUUUGUCCUGGAGGAAGCCAGGCCAACCCAAUGGACUCAUCACACAGUACCGCAUAGUGGUACUGCACAGACACACACAGGUCCAGGAGAUUACGCUCAGAGGUCUGGAACAGGGUAGUAAUGAUAUCUCUGACGCGGGCGGUAUGUUAUUUACUGAUUACCAUGACAACCGCUCACGCACACCACAUCGCAGCUCCAGGUCCGCUGACACACCCGCUUUUCCCAGCCUGUCUCCGGCCACACACGCGCAUCAAACCAGUAGAGCCCGCACUGACCACUCCCGGAUGGACAAUCUCCCCUCCUCACCCUCCAGGUCUGGUGUGACCUCUGUGCUCUACCUGACCCAGCGUGACCUCUCUGGCCUCGCUGUCACACCAGGCAUCAGCACGGACAGCACAGCCGUGACAUCAGUGACGGCCGUGAGUGACCUUUCACCUUCCACCCUUGGCCCUUCCAGCUCUGUGCUCCCGCUCAGCCUCGGCCCCAUUGCGGUCCGCCCCUCCACGAGGGCGGCGGACCACGCCCUCUCCACAGUCACUGUCGGCAUAGAGAUUCUUCCGCCCAAUGAGGAAGUGGUGGACCUGUCGUCCGAUCCUAUCUCAUACGUGGUGAGGAGACUGAGUCCUUUCACUGAAUAUAACUUCAGUGUGUCUGCAUACACGCUCAUGGGAGAAGGACCCGCUACACAAAUCACAGAGAAGACUAAAGAACAGGUGCCCAGCUCUGUUCAGGGUGUGUCCUACCAAAACAUAAGCUCCACCUCCAUUUUGGUGAGCUGGGAUCCGCCCCUUAAUCCCAAUGGGAAGAUCACACAUUACACGGUCUACAUUCUUAAUCUCCAUGACAACACGGCAACCCAGCAAAUUACCAACAACACCGACAUACUCCUCACAGGACUGGAUAAAUAUACCACAUACAAGAUACGUGUAGCAGCAUCAACCGCAGUGGGAGAGAGUCCUCUCUCAGAGGAGGAUGAUAUCUAUGCAGUGACACCUGAGGAUGUGCCAGACUCUCCUCCGUUUGGCCUUGCUGUGGUGAGCACCACCUCCUCCACCGCUACGCUGACCUGGUCUCCACCCGUCAAACCCAACGGCCUGAUACGUUUUUAUGAGGUCACCUACAGCAACGGCACCUUCAGCCAGGCCAUCAACACCAGCACAGCCAACGUCACCCUCCAGCGACUCAGACCCUACACACACUACAACGUGUCUGUGCGCGCAUACACACAACACGGCCACGGAGAGCAGGCGUCUGAGCCUCUCCUCAUGCUCUCUGGAGAGGAUGUUCCUGGCAGCCCACCGUAUGGGUUAACCUAUCAGAGCAUUACUCCCAGUGAGGUCAACGUGUCAUGGACCCCACCCAUCCUGGCCAAUGGCUUGAUCCUGUCCUACACUGUGGACUACUGGAAUGCAACACACAUGCUCAAUCUCUCCACACACACACCUUACGCACUCCUCUCCAACUUGCGCAAGUAUGCACACUACCGUGUGAGCGUACAGGCAAGCACAGGCGUGGGCACAGGGAACUACAGCAGCGAAAUACUCAACAUCACCACACUAGAGGACGUACCAAGCUCCUCCCCAAAAUUCCUGUUCGCCAGGAAGUUGUCAGAUAACCUGGUAGAGUUGUCAUGGGAGCCACCCGAUGAGGCCAACUCAGAGAUUCUGUACUACAUGGUGAGAGUGUGGAACCUGAGCUCUGAGCGAGAGUGGAAUGUGAGUGUGACGUCAGUCGUCGUGUCUGUGGAUGGAGAGGGGCUAUACAACGCCUCUGUCUCCAGCUGGACACGUCUGGGAGAUGGAGGAAUUCUCAUAUACAUCACCUUUAGCACUACAGAGUCUGUGCCAUCUGACCCCCCUCAGAACGUGUCCUAUACCAUCCUCUCCCCCACUUCAGUGCAGCUCAGCUGGGACCCCCCCACCCAGCCCAACGGAAUUAUCCAAUAUUACACCAUCUAUUACUACAACAAUGAGACAGAUACAGUCUCCACACAGCGAGUGGCAGGGUCUGAGAACCAGGGGGCGGUCUUGUCUGGGCUGGGGGGGGGUCAGAUCUACAGUGUGUGGCUGAGCUCCAGCACGUCCCAGGGGGAGGGUGUGGUGAGGAGUGAGCCUGUGACCAUCAUCACUCCAGAAGACGUACCAAGUGGUCCAGUCCACAACCUUACAGCUCAGAUCUUCAGUUCCACGGCUGUUAUUGUCAGCUGGGACCCCCCUCUGGAGCCCAAUGGUAGAGUCCACUACUUGCUCAGUCUGCAGGAGGCGGGCACUACACACCCAUCAGCAAAUCGCACAGUCAAUCGCACCAUCACCAAGACAACCACUGACACAGUUUUCCUCUUCACUAAACUGAGAAAGUACUUCCCCUACGUGCUGAGGGUUACGCCAGCAACCAGUGCUGGCUCCGCCCAUAACCACACCUCUGAGCUGCUCCUGAGGACAGAUGAUGAUGUUCCCAGCUCUCCACCGUUGCUGGGCUACACUAGGAAUCUCUCUGCCUCCUCUAUGCUGGUGUCCUGGUUCCGUCCCGCUGAGCCCAAUGGAGAGAUCUCUGAAUACUCCGUGGUUCUGCAAGGUCCAACGGGCUCCAACAGCACCACCACACCAAACACCCACCUUACACUCACCCAUCUCACACCCUACACACCCUACAACCUCUCCAUAUCUGCGGUAACACGGAAGGGAACAGGCCCCGCCCUCAUCCUGAUGCUACACAGUGAUGAAGCAGGACCAGGGUCACCACCCCGUAACCUGACGAUUUUUAAUCACACCGCGAACUCAGUGUGGUUGCAUUGGGAGCCCAGUCUAGAGCCCAAUGGUCGUGUUCAGCACUAUGGAUUCAGGAUACUGGACCUCAGCACACACACACUCAGACACCAGAACACCUCAGAUGAAACCACACAGGCUGAAUUAAGUGGCUUUAAACCCUACAGUUCCUAUGAGAUCAGCGUGUGCACAUACACUAAAGCAGGCAGCGGAGACCUAUAUAGUCUACCAGUCAUAUUCACAACCAAUGAGUCAGUCUCGGACGCAGUGGGAAACCUCUCCUGUUCAGGACUGAGUUGGGAUUCCGUGUUUCUGGAAUGGGAGCCUCCAGCCAAUCCCAACGGAGAGAUCCUGCUCUACCUGAUCCACACUGGAGAGAGGGAAGAGAUGGUGGACCCGCUCACACUCUCACACACACUCUCACGGACAUUCUCAUACACACUCUCUGGACUAGAACCUGACUCAGCUUACACAGUAUCUGUGGCUGCAGUCAACUCAGCUGGUCCAGGAGAGGAGACCAACUGCACAGCUUUCACCACCCCGGAGUCAGUGCCCAGUGCUCCUCAGUCUGUGUCUGUGGUGAAUGUGAGCUCCAGCAGUGUGUCCCUGCACUGGUCUCCUCCCAGUGUCAUCCCAGGGCAAUUACACAUGUAUCAGGUGGAGGUGCAGCUCCUGUCCAGGGUCUGCUCUGUGGCAGGAGACAUGUCCUGCGUGGAGAAUGUGUUUAUUGUGUCUGUGAAUGGAAGCCGUGGCAAUGAGAGCGUCACUCUGCAUCCACUGCGUAAAUACAGACGCUACCGCCUCAGAGUGACAGCACACACCAGCGCCGGGGCAGGGGAACCCACAGAGUGGAUAUACACACAAACGCUCCCUGGCAAUCCUGAUGCUCCACCGCGCUCUGUCUCCGUGGUCCCUUCCUCCACUGGACUGAGGAUUCAGUGGGAUGAGCCUGAGGUCCUGUCAGGACCCACCUCCUACCUUAUAGACAUCAUCUCUCUGGAUGACUCAGGGUUUAAUCAGACUCUGCUCAGGCAGCCGGAGGAGAUGCAGACUCUGGUGGUUGGGAAUCUGACAGCUUUUACCCUUUACUCUGUGACUGUCACUGCGUUUACUGGAGAACUGCUGAAUGCCCGCCAACAUGGCAAAGCAUCAGAACCCGUCCUCAUCAGAACAUUGGAGGAAGAACCAAAAGAUCCACCCAAAAAUGUCACUCUGACGGUGCUUCCUGAUGAAGUGACACGAGUGUUUGUGACGUUUUCUCCGCCGGAUGAGCCAAACGGGAACAUCAGCUCCUACCACGUCUCCAUCUACCGUGACGGACAGCUGGACUUCCAGAUCCCCAGCCUUCGCGUGGUCAGCAACCCCAACCAAACCCUUACUGCUGUCAUCGAGGGCCUUAAAGGAGGAUUCAACUAUAGCAUACGGAUAGCUGCCGUGAAUGGGGCAGGUUUAGGACCCAGUUCUGAGGUGCAGGUCACCACAGGAAUGAAAGCUCCACCCAAACCUACCAGGAAGCCACAGGUGGCGUUGGACCGUGGGGGGUACGUCAUGGCAACUUCAUCCACCGUCACGGUCCAAAUGCCUGUUUGUUUCUUCACUAAUGACCACGGGCCCAUUCAGAGAGUCCAAGUCAUCGUGUCUGAACCUGCAGUAAUGGACUCCAGUAACCUGUCUAACUGGAAGAGCGUAUUCACACACUCUCCUGCUCCCUAUGUGACGGAUGAGGGUUUUGAAAACCCUGAGUGUCCAGAGGGUCCACCCCGCAGAGACACACCCAUCAGCACGUACGUCAUAGGAGCAGACGACAACUGUCUGUCUGACAGCGCAGGGAUCCUCUGUAAUGGACCACUCAAACCCAAAACAUACUAUGUGUUUAAGUUCCGGGCGACAAACGUCCUUGGGCAGUACACAGACUCUGAGUACUCAGAGAAAGUCAGGACUGCAGACGAUCGUUUGCUGAGUCGGGAUGAACAGAUUAUCCUGGGUGUCCUCUUAUCGUUUGCCUUGGCCGUGCUGCUCAUCGUAAUCAUAUAUGCAUCUGUGCGGAUCCAUCAGAGGCAGAAAGAGGGUGGGACCUACUCCCCUCGUGAGGCAGAGAUCAUUGAAACAAAGUUUAAGCUGGACCAGCUGAUAGCAGUGGCCGACAUGGAGCUGAAGGAGGAGAAGAUUAACCGCUACUCCUCCUUUUUCUUUAGGAGGAAAGAGAUAUUUGUCAUCCAGCUCCUCAGUUAUAGGAAAUCACUCAGACCUAUCAGUAAGAAAUCUUUCCUUCAACAUGUGGAGGAUCUCUGCGCCAAUGACAAUGCAAAGUUCCAAGAGGAGUUUGCAGAACUUCCAAAGCUGCUUCAGGACUUGGCCACAUCAGAUGCUGACCUGCCCUGGAAUCGCGCCAAGAAUCGCUUUACCAACAUCAAACCCUACAACAAUAACAGAGUGAAGCUGCUCUCAGAGCCUGGAAUCCCGGGAUCAGACUACAUCAAUGCCAGCUUUGUCUCAGGUUACCUGUGUCCGAAUGAGUUCAUUGCCACUCAGGGGCCUCUGCCUGGCACCGUGGCUGAUUUCUGGAGGAUGAUAUGGGAGACCAGAACCAGAACCAUCGCCAUGCUCACACAGUGCUUUGAGAAGGGCCGGAUCCGUUGUCAUCAGUACUGGCCGGAGGACAAUAAACCUGUUACAGUGUUUGGUGACAUCAUCAUCACUAAGCUAACAGAGGAUGUCCAUCCAGACUGGACCGUCAGAGCACUCAGAGUGGAGAGGUACGGAGACUACAUGGUGGUGCACCAUUUUAACUACACCUCUUGGCCAGAGCACGGUGUACCAGAGUCCAGUGCAACUCUCAUCCAGUUUAUCAAAGCCAUCAGAGCCAACAGAGGACAUGACAACAGCACCAUUGUAGUGCAUUGCAGUGCUGGUGUGGGCAGGACAGGUGUGUUUAUUGCUCUGGAUCACCUGAUGCAGCAUGUGAGGGAUCAUGACUUUGUGGACGUGUAUGGGCUGGUGGCAGAGCUGCGCAGUGAGAGAAUGUGCAUGGUUCAAAAUCUGGCUCAGUACAUGUUUCUUCACCAGAGCACCCUGGAUCUGUUGUCCAGUAAAGGAAACAGUCAGUCCGUCUGGUUUGUCAAUUAUUCCGCUCUCGAGAAGAUGGACUCUCUGGAGGCUAUGGAAGGUGAUGUUGAGCUGGAGUGGGAGGAAACAACAAUGUGA